AAUCCGUAUACUUCUUAUUGUGGAGUGUAGAUGUGUUGAUGAGUGUGGAUAAUAGGGUCUGUUUAAAUGAUCUCAGGUUUGCCCUUUUUUUGUCGGAGAGGAGUUGUUGAAUGGGAAAAUAAUUUUGGAUAAAGCACUAGUUGCGUUGAGUUAUUCAGCACUGACCACGAAAAGUACAGCACACCAGGAAUCGGAGCUCCUUACCACACGAUGCCGACACAAGAAUUCAGAAACACCCUCUUCACCCACCUGCUGGUGGCCAUGUUUGGAAUGGGGUCUUGGGUUGCAGUGAACUCUCUAUGGGUUGAGCUUCCAGUAAUAACAAAGAUUCUCCCUGAAGCGUGGAAUCUGCCAGCCUAUUUGACAGUACUGAUUGCCUUUUCAAAUGUUGGCCCCCUAUUGGUCACCCUUGCUCACCGGUUCUCCCCAGGCCUGCUGAAUGAAAGUUGUCUUAUAUACUCCAUCCAAGCACUCGGUGUGAUCGCCUCUGUUGCUUUAGCGCUCACCUGGGAUCGGAUUGUGCUGAUUGGCGGGGAGCAGCACAGUGUUGCUUUCUUGACCCUGGCCUUUGCUCUAGCCUUUGUCUGCUGCACCUCCAAUGUCACUUUCCUGCCCUUCAUGUUCCGCCUAUCAUCUAAAUACAUCAAGACCUUCUUUGUAGGCCAGGGCUUCAGUGCUUUCUUCCCAUGUGUGGCAGCCCUAGUGCAGGGUGUUGGCCAGCUGGAAUGUCGCAACAGCUCGGCUGUCAAUGGCUCCCAAUCUCUUCAACCACACUACCUUGAGGAGAACUUCACAGCUAGUACCUUUUUCUGGCUUUUAAUGGGGCUAAUGUCUAUCUCCCUCUUGUCCUUUGCUGGACUGGCCCGAAAAAGCAACAGCAAACCGCACACGAUGCACGACGGCAAGGAAUCGUGCCAACUGAAUACGGAGAGUGAGCCAACCCCCAAAACUCCAGCUCCAUUCUGCACUACCCGUAAUGUCUACCUGCUUAUCUUGCUGGCUGUCUCCAAUGCUCUGACCAAUGGGGUGCUGCCAUCAAUCCAGACGUACUCCUGCCUGCCCUAUGGGAGCACCACCUUCCACCUGGCAGUGGUGCUUGGGAAUCUUGCCAAUCCAUUGGCCUGCUUCAUUGCCAUGUUUGUGCAAUCAAGGUCCAGUGUUGGACUUGGUGUCCUGGCAUUUCUAGGAUUACUGUGUGGAGUCUACAUUUUGACAUUGGCGGCAUUCAGUCCAUGCCCCCUGCUGCUGGGGAGUUCAAUGGGUGUUGUUUUAGUGGUGAGUGCAUGGAUGCUCUUUACUGGCUUGUUCUCCUACGUGAAAGUGGUAAUUGGCAGCAUCCUCCAUGAGGUGGGUCACCUGGCCCUGGUCUGGUGCGGAGCAUCCAUUCAGGUCGGCUCACUGAUCGGUGCCUUAGUCAUGUUCCCUUUGGUUAGUGUCUACCAGCUCUUCACAUCAGGGCAGGCAUGUGUGGAUACCUGUGGGCAGUGACUGGCAGAGGGACAUCUCAUCAGACUGAACCUGGAGGAAGCCUCCAAAUCACAGCAAAGACUAAUUGCCUAUGCAAAGGAGCCUCGAAUCCAUUGUGCUCGACAAUGGAUAAUCAGAGGGUUUAAACCUUAUUGGAAGGUGCUUCAUCUUUGUGCAAUUGGGCCUGGAUUUCUAUCACCUGUUCCAUAUUUCACGUGUUCAAAAUUUCAUCUCUGUUCUCCAUCUUUUCUCCUUCCUCGUCCAUGAUCGGCACUUCUUUUUAAAAAAAAAAUUAUUUUCUCCAAUCCACCUGUGGGUUAAUCACCAUUUAAAGAUGGAAGACCUGAGAUUGACUGACUCCAUAUUGAGGUAGCAGGGACUAGAAGGGAUACUGGCACUCUCAAUUGCCCAUAGAAAGGAGCCAGUCAGUAUUUUAAAUGCAAACCUAGAGAUUAUUAUUACUAUGUUUUGUUCUUCUCGAUGCAAUUUUAACUUCUCACUAUAUUUUUUUUUAUCUUGAUAAACAGUCACCUGUUUAUGCUGCUUGAGAUUUCUUUCUUUCAAAGAAGAAACUGGGACAAAGUAAGGUUUCUCAAGAGAAUGUUGCAGUAUAAAAAUGUCAGUGUUUGAAGCCUUUGUCCCUUACAUUAGCAGCUCCUCAGCUGGGCUUCAUUUGCCCAGGGCAGGGGUUGCUGCUAUUGCCUCUGUUGGCUUCACCUUUUAUACCCCCUCUUCCAUUUCCAUAUGUAACUUGCUGAGAGCAAAUUGCAAAAUCAUGUUAUGCACUCCACGGUCCAUUAAUUUCUUCAGAAACCUGGGAGCAACAGUACCUUGGUGUGUUAGUAAUAUCAGGUGAAUAAAGGGAUGGUUUAUAGGAUUGGGGAAAGAAACAAUAACUUAAAGUCUUCAUGUUCUUCAUUUUCUCUUCCUGAGGGGAGUAUGGACCACUUUUUUAAAAAAUAAAUAUACUUAUUUCUCA